GGGAAGAUAAUAACUUUCUCCCCAUUGAUUCAAAGUUCUGAGUUUGAGUCCUGCCUCAGUUCACCUCUGGGACAUGCCCGAGGUUGGGGUGCAGGACUUCUAUCUAGUCCACUUGGCCCAUUUGGAAAACCAUCUUAAAGAGAAGGAGGGAGUUUGUGCUUUGAGAACCCAGGAGACGAAGAUGGGGAGGCAGGGUGGGAGCACAAGAGGAGAGGGAGGGCCUCACAAUAGAAGAGGAAGGGAGGGCCUCCCUCCUCAAGAGGACCAGAUUAGGGCUUCCUUUUCAGUUCCCUCUGUUUGUGGGUGGUGAUAGGAAACACCCCACUAUCACCAUUGGAGCAGAAUUGGAAGGUAGGGCCUCCUGGAGGGCGGGGGACCCAAGUACCAUCCACUGUGUGCCUGCCUGCAUGUUAGCUAAUCAUGUCCUUUCGGGUUGGCUACAUGGCUAUUUCUGUAUAGGAAGGUUUGCUCUUCUCCUGAAGUGUGGCUGUAUUGGAUAGCAUGACUAUCUAUCUGCCCGCUCUGAUUCAUAACAGCAUACGGUGCAAAUCAGAUCGAAAUGCUAGAGUUUCUCAUUUAUUUGGUGUUGGUUAACCGGGAGGCUACCAGCAGCCCUGAAAAUAGCAACACCUUGUUAGGAAGUCAGCUUCCUUCCCAGGAUGGGCAGUUGGAACCAUUAAACGAGGGUUUUCUUUCUAGAAUCUCUGAUCUGCUGCUGUGCAGAUGGACCUGCCGGCACUGCUGUCAGAAGUGCUACGAGUCCAGCUGUUGCCAGUCGAGUGAGGAUGAAGUUGAAAUUCUGGGACCUUUCCCUGCUCAGACCCCUCCCUGGCUGAUGGCCAGCCGGAGCAGUGACAAGGAUGGCGACUCUGUCCACACGGCCAGCGAAGUCCCGCUGACCCCACGGACCAAUUCCCCAGAUGGGAGACGCUCGUCCUCAGACACAUCCAAGUCCACAUACAGCCUGACGCGGAGGAUUUCGAGUCUUGAGUCAAGACGUCCCAGCUCUCCACUCAUCGAUAUUAAACCCAUCGAGUUUGGUGUUCUCAGCUCCAAGAAGGAGCCCAUCCAGCCUUCGGUGCUCAGACGGACCUAUACCCCUGACGACUAUUUCAGGAAGUUCGAACCCCACCUGUACUCCCUCGACUCCAACAGCGAUGACGUGGACUCUCUGACGGACGAGGAGAUUCUGACCAAGUACCAGCUGGGCAUGCUGCACUUCAGCACCCAGUAUGACCUCCUGCACAACCACCUCACCGUGCGCGUGAUCGAGGCCAGGGACCUGCCACCUCCCAUCUCCCACGACGGCUCUCGCCAGGACAUGGCACACUCCAACCCCUACGUCAAGAUCUGUCUCCUGCCAGACCAGAAGAACUCGAAGCAAACUGGGGUCAAACGCAAGACCCAGAAGCCCGUGUUUGAGGAGCGCUACACCUUUGAGAUCCCCUUCCUGGAAGCCCAGAGGAGGACCCUGCUCCUGACCGUGGUGGAUUUUGAUAAGUUCUCCCGCCACUGUGUCAUUGGGAAAGUUUCCGUGCCUUUGUGUGAAGUUGACCUGGUCAAGGGUGGGCACUGGUGGAAGGCGCUGAUUCCCAGUUCUCAGAAUGAAGUGGAGCUAGGGGAGCUGCUUCUGUCACUGAAUUAUCUCCCAAGUGCUGGCAGACUGAAUGUUGAUGUCAUCCGAGCCAAGCAACUUCUUCAAACAGAUGUGAGCCAAGGUUCAGACCCCUUUGUGAAAAUCCAGUUGGUGCAUGGACUCAAACUUGUGAAAACCAAGAAGACAUCCUUCUUAAGAGGCACAAUUGAUCCUUUCUACAAUGAAUCCUUCAGCUUCAAAGUUCCCCAAGAAGAACUGGAAAAUGCCAGCUUAGUGUUUACAGUUUUCGGCCACAACAUGAAGAGCAGCAACGACUUCAUCGGGAGGAUUGUCAUCGGCCAGUACUCUUCAGGCCCCUCUGAGUCCAACCACUGGCGGCGCAUGCUCAACACGCACCGCACAGCCGUGGAGCAGUGGCACAGCCUGAGGUCCCGAGCUGAGUGUGACCGGGUGUCUCCUGCCUCCCUGGAGGUGACCUGAGGGCUGCAGGGAAGGCAACUUUCAUAUGUUUAAAAAAAAAAAAAAAGACAGAAAAAAAAUGUCACAUACUAUUACAUCCACACCUGUGUACACACUCGCAACAUGUCUACACACGUCCACAGACACAGACACACAGACACCCGAAAUCCUCUCAGAAGUGAGAGGAAGCAGACUAUUAAUCACGAAAUGGCCACCCUCAGUGAGACCUGGGAACUUUCUGGAAGCCCCAUCUGUAGAUCACAAGCUCAGUGGGCUCUGCCGUGGGACUUAUUGGCAGUGCCUGCUCUUGUCAAUACCCCUGCCCCAAAAUGCACUUUCAACCCUCAGGCCAGAGAAAGGACCUCCCAAAGGGUGCCAGUCUCCAUCAAGACUGAAUUUACCAAGAGUUUGGCCAGUAUGUGGGAGACCUGACCACCCCCACUCCCCAAACACACACCCACUGGGUAACUUCUGAACAGGCUGCUGUUCCCUGGGGUUCUUCAAACCUGAUACCUUUCUCCAAAGGUGUAAGUAUCUUUGUCUUCUCCUUAGUAAAUGUGAUAACUAGAUUAUGGACCAUUUGGAGAAACCAAAUGGCAACCAGAACUAUUCCAGUGUCAGAAGCCUCUCCUGGCUUAAUGGAAUCGUCCUUGUGUUAGCUCAUUCCAGGAGACUCCCUGUGGGUAUAUAUGUGUAUGUUCUCGUGCAUGUGCCCUCACAGGUGAACACAUGCGUGUGCCUACGUGUCCUCUUGGAGAGCAUGGCAAUGAGUCGGGACUUCAAUCCUGAGCACUGCCUUCUCUCUGCUUCUCCUGUCCAGUGCGAUUCCAACCAGUGUCCUGUCUGUCAGAGACCCCAGCUUGGGUAACAGUAAUGUGUGUGUGAGUCAAGUAAAUAGGAUAUGAUAACGCAAAAGUAACAUUUUUUUGGCUGAAUCAUGGUGAUUGUGACCCACAAAAGAUAUACAAAGGACCCGAUACAUGGAUUAAAUGGCCACCACACCCAUCCAUGAUGAUCUUCUUCCUUAAUCAUACUCUGAGCGUUUUUCUGUGUUUGUCUGUGAACCAAUGUUACGUCUCACGUGCUAGGGAAUUAAUGUAGUUAGAAUAGAUCUCUCUCUCUUUUUCUCUCUCUCUCUCUCUCCUCUCUCUCUAUUGGAUGCUUCUGUAUCUUUUUCCACAGCAUAAUGUCUGGUGUGAUGGGGAGCUAUUUAUUGAAAUUAAAGAUUAUUUAUUUGUGCCAUG